AUGGUCCAGCAGCCAACUCGCACCCGCAAUCCGCCAGUCAACAACACGCAAGAGAAGAGACGCAGCACACCCAUCAACCACAUCAUCUCCAGCCAGCAUCAUGGUCAAGUCAUCUCCCUCCACGUCGGACAAGCAGGAGUCCAAAUCGGAAACGCCUGCUGGGAACUCUACUGCCUCGAACACGGCAUCCAGCCAGAUGGUCGUUUCUCGCCUGAAAAGCUCGCAGGACCACGAGACGACGGCUUCUCCACCUUCUUCUCCGAAACAGGCGAGGGCAAGCACGUCCCACGAAGCAUCUACGUCGAUCUCGAACCCAAUGUCAUUGAUGAAGUCAAGAAUGGCGCGUACCGAGACUUGUUUCACCCAGAACAAAUGAUUAGCGGCAAGGAAGACGCAGCCAACAACUAUGCUCGUGGCCACUACACCGUUGGCAAGGAGCUCGUCGAUACCGUCAUGGAUCGUAUUCGACGCGUGGCAGACAACUGCUCUGGCUUGCAGGGAUUCCUUGCCUUCCACUCCUUUGGUGGUGGUACCGGUUCUGGCUUUGGUGCAUUGCUGCUGGAGCGUCUCUCUGUGGACUAUGGUAAGAAAUCCAAGCUCGAGUUUUCCGUGUACCCUGCACCACAACUCUCUGCCUCGGUGGUUGAACCGUACAAUUCGAUUUUGACGACACACACAACGCUCGAGCACUCUGAUUGUUCAUUCAUGGUGGACAAUGAAGCCAUCUACGACAUUUGCCGUCGCAACCUCGACAUUCAGCGUCCAUCCACUGAAAACCUCAACCGCAUCAUUGCACAAGUCGUCUCCUCCAUCACGGCUUCCCUCAGAUUCGAUGGAUCCCUCAACGUCGACCUCAAUGAAUUCCAGACAAACUUGGUGCCCUACCCACGUAUCCACUUCCCAUUGGUCACCUAUGCGCCUGUGAUUUCAGCAGCCAAGGCAUUCCAUGAAGCCAACUCUGUGGCAGAGAUUACGAAUGCUUGCUUUGAUCCUGCAAACCAAAUGGUCAAGUGUGAUCCGCGUAAUGGCAAAUACAUGGCAUGUGUCAUGCUCUACCGUGGUGAUGUCGUUCCUAAGGACGUGCAAGCUGCCGUUGCUACCACCAAGACGAAACGUACCAUUCAGUUUGUUGACUGGUGUCCAACGGGUUUCAAGAUUGGUAUCUGCUACCAACCUCCUGUGCAAGUCAAGGAUGGUGAUUUGGCACAAGUCAAGCGAGCUGUUACUAUGUUGUCCAACACCACUGCUAUUGCUGAGGCCUGGUCGCGAUUGGAUCGCAAGUUUGACUUGAUGUAUGCGCGACGUGCAUUUGUGCACUGGUAUGUCGGUGAAGGUAUGGAGGAAGGUGAAUUCUCUGAAGCGAGGGAGGAUCUGGCUGCAUUGGAGCGUGAUUACGCAGAGGUCGGUCAGGAUUCCGUCGAUGAUGAUGAGGAAGAGGCAGGUCAGGAAGAGUACUAG